AUGAUGUCCGCCUCUAGUGGGAAAUUGGGUCAACUCGAGCUUUCAAGACUGCAUAAACGACGACGGAUCAUCGAUUUUGCACCAGUGGCAAGCGCAGAAGCAUUUUGGUCGGAGGAAAUUCAGACUCAAGCCAAUGCCAUCAGCGAUGAGGCUGUAUUUGACGCAUUUAUUACUCCGUUUUUCAGCAACGUGCUUCACAACUGCGCGGAACCCGUGCUGAAACAAGUUGAUGCUGAAGUUCUCACACGGUCCAUUCUUCGUGUCUUUCAAUCCGAUUUGUUGCACUCGACACUGAAUCAGUCGAUUGACAACUAUGGCAGAAGCGCUACGCAAGAAAACAUCAAUCAUUGGGCCGAUCAAGUUUAUCAAAACUUAGCAUAG